AAUGGGGCUUUCUUCUCUGAUUAGCAAGCCAGCAUUUGUCUCUGUGGUUUCAUUUCGUCCGACCACAGUGCACACUGCUAUCAGCAGUAGUGGCUUGUGAUCUACACAUUGGCACUUCAGGAAACUGACUGUGUUGCAGUUCCAUAUACCACUUACUGGCAGAGGGACACAGCUAGAGAAGGUGAAGGAAGGGAUUAAAGAUGAAGACCUCGUGGAUAUUCUCUGGAGCCCUGGCAAUCUUCUGGGGAGCUGUUCUCGGAGCAGCUUUUUUUGGUGUACAGCAACAAGACGAGGAGAAAGUCCUGGUUGAUAACAAGUGCCAGUGUGUGAAAGUGACUUCGAAAUUUGUCCCUUCUAAAGACAAGCCUGAAGUUGAAGUCUUGGAAAGAAAUAUCCGCAUCAUAGUCCCCCUCCAGAACAGGGAGAACAUCUCUGACCCCACCUCGCCAGUGAGAACCAAAUUUGUCUACAAGAUUCCCAAGCUCUGUGAAAAUUGUGACCAAUCAGAAGCCUACCUGGAAGAUUCUGUUGGGCAGCCCUCUACCUGCAACAAUCCCGAAGAACCCUGCUACACCUAUGACAGGAAUAAAUGCUACACUGCAUCCUGCCUGUUCUCUCACAAUGGGAAAACGAAGGUCAUUGAGACAGCCCUGACUCCUGAAUCCUGCUAUGCUGAUUAGAGCAGAGCAAAAUCAUUCCGUAAGCCCCUAUGGGCACACCUACUCUACACAAUCUUAAUUGGGUUUUAUGCCAGUUUCACUGUCAUGGCUUCCUCCAAAGAAUCUGGAGUAUUGUAGUUUGCCGAGGGGGCGGGAAUUCAGUGCUUGAGAUCCCAAAUACCCUCAGAGAACUACAGAUCUCUUGGAUGAAGGAAUGACUAUCAAAGCAUUUUAAAUCUGUUGUGUUGGAUUACCCAUAUUGUCCUUUACUCCUAAAGUUAAAGAACAAUCCUCUUUAUUAGUGUUCAAAACGAAUCUGCAUCAGCAGAAUGCUUUACUGUUGUUUCUUUCCCCUUUAAUUCUCUUCUCCCUUCAUUAUCUACAGUUCCUCUUUAAUACUCAUCAUCAAUAAAAAUUAUAUCUUUCAUUA